ACAGUCAAGCCAUCCUGCUAAUGCCCUUAACUGCUCAGAGGAUCUAGGAAGCUUCAGAUAUGUCUACUGAGCUUCCUGCAACAACAGUGAUUACAGAAAUGGACACUUUUACAGCUUCCCAGACAAACAGCUCCAUCUGUGACUUCUAUGAGCACAAAGAUACAGCACGGAUACUACUGUCUGUCUUCUACAGCUCCAUCUUAGUUCUUGGGGUGCUUGGAAACACCAUCGCCCUCACCGUCAUUUUCAAAAACAGAAAGAAGAUCAACUCCACUACCCUCUACUCAACAAACCUCGUCUUCUCGGAUCUCCUGUUCUGCAUUGCCUUGCCUACAAGGAUAGCCUACUAUGCCCUGGGAUUUCACUGGCCAUUUGGAGAAGUAUUGUGUCGAAUAACUGCUCUCUUGUUCUACGUCAACACUUAUGCAGGUGUGAACUUCAUGACAUGUUUGAGCAUUGACAGGUUUUUUGCCGUUGUCCACCCUUUCCGAUACAAGAUCAGAAGGAUUAAAUACGCCAAAGGCAUUUGUGUCUUUAUCUGGUUACUUGUAUUUAGUCAAACUUUCCCAUUACUUAUACAACCCAUGUCACAGGAAGAAAAAGAAAGGACUACCUGUAUGGAAUAUCCAAACUUUGAAAAAAUUGCACAUCUACCACUUAUUCUUCUUGCUGCCUGUUUAGUAGGGUACCUUAUUCCCCUGGGGAUUAUACUGUUUUGUUACUCUCAAAUUAGCUGCAAACUUUUUCAAACAGCCAAGGAAAAUCCACUGACUGAAAAAUCAGGGAUAAACAAAAAAGCCAUCAACACCAUCAUAUUUGUAAUUAUAGUGUUCGUCAUCUGCUUUACCCCUUACCACGUUGCAAUCAUACAACACAUGAUUAAGAAGCUUCAGAGUGAGCCUUCAUGCACUGAGAAGAAAAUCUUCCAGAAGUCACUCCAUUAUACUGUGUUUCUGAUGAAUUUUAACUGCUGCCUAGAUCCUUUCAUCUAUUUCUUUGCAUGCAAAGGAUACAAGAGAACUGUACUGAAAAUACUGAGACGACAAGUGAGCGUAUCGCUUUCGAGUGCUGCCAGGUCACAUCAUGAAGAAAGCUCACGUGAUGUGGGAGAAACUCAAAUGAUGGUACUUGCAAAAUCUCCCAAUGGGAAGCUACCUGAGAAAUCAGAUCUGUAGUACACUGCAGUUAGAGCAAGUUCAAAUAUCUAGGGUCCACUGUAAAAAUUCUUAGUGCUCCCUGUACAGCAGCUUAAGUAAGAUUCCCAGGAUGUCAGAAAAUCAAGGACUGAUGUUGGACUGAAAAAACUCGUCACAGGACAGCAGGAAAACUCAGCAUUAUAAUUUCCUAGCUGUGUCAUUGCGACUGAUCUCAUUUUUUUCCAGGAAAUAUGCACUAUUGUGAAUGUUCAGAUUCCAUACUGCACAUAGAAAUGCCUGGAUGUCAUUAACUCAAGUAAAGACUCAGUGUGGGUGUCUGAGAAAGGAUUAAACACAAAUACCGUACAAUUCAGACUGAUUACAACCAGAACACCUGAAAACUGAAAGACCCCUAGCUGAGGUCCAAUUACAGCAAUGGUUUUGUUAGCCAAGCCACGUAAGCAAAGAAAAUCAAACUGUGAGAUGAAAUGGACAAUUUAUGUGCAUAUUUGACUGUCACAAGUUCUUAGUUUGUAGCCCUUUGGAGGUGAAAUUGCUUUUUGGGACAACUCAUGUAGAUAAUACUGUCAAAUGUAAUCACGAAAAGUUAAUUGUUUGGUUCUCCCCAACACUGAAUAUCUCCCACAUGUUAAAUUACUCAUCUUUGCAAGGUGCAUUAUUGUUCUAUUCCUUUUCCUAAAGGAGAAUUUUUCUUUCUAGUGUGUAUUGUAAAGAGUCUCUACUGCAACUGUAUAUAAAUUAUUUAUAAACAUAAAAAAUAAGUUGAAGCAAGAGACUGUAAUACGAAAACUGUUGGAGUAGAUAAUCUCUUUCUGGCCUAGGCUGUUCUGUGAUACAGGGUUCUUCAGAACUUCUGCUCAAAUCAGGCAUGGACACAAGACAAACUUUGUAGAAACAGGAAUGGGCUGCCCGGGGAGGUGGUGGAGUUGCCGUCCCUGGAGCUGUUCAAGGCAAGGUUGGAUGUGGCACUUGGUGCCAUGGUCUAGCCUUGAGCUCUGUGGUAAAGGGUUGGACUUGAUGAUCUAUGAGGUCUCUUCCAACCCUGAUGAUACUGUGAUACUGUGAAAUGUUCACAGUUGAAGCCACCAAAAAGUAAAUUAAUUAAAUCUCAUGGUGUGAGAUGGUCACCUCUUUUUCAGCACUGUUUACAUGGGAGAUCAAUAAAUGAGAAUAGCAGGACUAGCUGGGGAAGAACAAGCUUUCCCAUCCUGUGUUCAUUUUGCUUACCUGGGAUCACCUUGGGCAAACUGAAAUUGGGCCAGUAGAGACCAAAUGACUUAAACACAUCCUGCAGGAAUCAGCUCAAUACCAAUUGAGUAUCCAGGAUGCAUGCCCUGGGUUCCUGCUGUCAUGCCCUUCCGUCAUGUCAGUUUCCUUCCCUACUUCAUUCCUGGCCUCCCUGUCUUUUCUUUUGUCUUCUGUUUUACUCACAUGCCUUCACCUAUCAACACAACUUGGGUUAAUUGUACCAGUAGGUCGUGAUGGAAAAGCAAAAUUAAAGAAUGUCUGGUAAUUACUGGCAAAACCUAUGCCAGAUGUCAGAAUGAAAGUUAUUUACUGCAGCUGACUGUCUCUGGCAUUGAGGUUGUACUGGAAGUCAGAUGAAGAUAGUUACAUUUGUCAGCUUUGCAGUUCCUUCCUUCCUCACGUGCUGACCUCUGCCUAGCUGCAAGCAUGGAGGGGUUGUUAUCUGAACAGCAGUACGGAAACAUUAACUUAACAAUUACUGUUUUAUGGGAAAGAAAACGCAAAGGACUCUAUUUCCUACCAGUUAAGUGACCAAAUUAGAGUUUCUAAUUACAAAAGACACUAUGCAAUACAGGAAAACUGAGUAAGAAAAACAACAAAUGACGUUUAACAGAAGUUCUCCUUAAUUCUGUAUGCUAUUAGCAGUUCUGUUCUUGUCAGCUCUUUUAAUAAACUAUUUUAAAUUACUA